UCUUGAUCAGUACAAGUUGAUCUCAUGCAGUGGAAGAAGAGUGGAGGGAAAUAAACAAAGACCUCUGUUUGGCACAGAAAUGAAAUAAUAACUUCAGACAAAGUGGCUGACUUAUACACCUUCAGCCUAGUUGCAAAAUAUAACCAUGGGGUUGCUUGACCAAGCCAACAGCACCAUCACCUUGGACAUAUUGGAUAAAAAGCUGCCAUUUGGUUGGCACUCCAAGGGCAUCAUCACCCCUAGCCAGGGGCUCCAAGGAUCCACCAAUGUGAUGAUGGACAGCACCAAAAUCUUGGGGGUCCAGAUCAUACUGAUAGCUGCAUACUCCCUCAUCAUUCUGUUGGGGUUCAUUGGCAACUCCUUAGUCAUCUACAUGAUAGUGAGGUACAAAACCAUGAGGACUGUUACCAACUUCUUCAUAGCUAACCUGGCUCUGGCAGACUUAAUGGUGGACACACUCUGCUUGCCCUUCACUUUGGCCUAUACUCUGCUUGAUGAGUGGAAAUUUGGGGCUGUACUUUGUUACCUGGUCUCCUAUGCUCAAGCUUUAAGUGUUCACGUGUCCACCCUCACCUUAACUGUGAUUGCUCUGGACAGAUACAGAUGCAUAGUUUUCCACUUGGACAGCAGGAUAUCCAAGAAGAUCAGCUUCUCUAUCAUAGCUGUUAUGUGGCUGGCAGCUGCUGUCCUAGCUAGUCCUCUGGCCAUCUUCCGAGAGUACAGGUAUGAAGAAAUUCCAUCCAUCAAUCUCAAAAUAGCUGUCUGCUCUGAGAAAUGGCCUUCAGAAAACAGAGAUGCUACCAUAUAUAGCUUAUCAAUGCUUCUCUUACAGUAUGUCCUCCCUCUUUCCAUCAUCUGCUAUGCCUACAUCAGAAUAUGGAUCAAGCUUAAAAGCCAUAUCAGCCCAACUACUAGGAAUGACAGCCAGUGCCGCAGAAGGAAGACCACAAAGAUGCUAGUGAUGGUGGUGGUGGUGUUUGCAGUCUCUUGGCUGCCUUUCCAUAUUUUCCAGCUUGCUAUUGACCUAGACCUGGUGCUCAUUUUCCAUGAGUAUAAACUCCUUUAUACAGUUUUCCAUGUGGUAGCCAUGUGCUCAACUUUUGCCAACCCUCUGCUCUAUGGUUGGAUGAAUAAGAACUACCGAAAUGGAUUCCUCAUGUUCUUCCGUUGCCAGAACAAGCCAGAGAGACUCUACACAGAGGGAUCAAUCAGAGGUCGAUCCUACACUUUCAGAGCCACGACCUUGAAUGGGAGCAUCAAGCACUCAGCAGGCAACGGACAGUUACCAACACAGGUUUAGUACACAUAAGCAACCAUAUCUCCACAAAAAGGCUGGAAUAUCAGUGGUGGCCACCUUGGUGGCCUUUUUUAAUAUAGAAAAGUGUUGAAUUGUCAAAAUGCUGUGAUUAUCAUAGCCACAGAAGAGCACCUUGUAUAUCUUCCCCAACAACAAAACUCAUGUAUCAUAUGUUCUGCCACAUGAAGUAAGUUAAUCAAUUUUUCCUCCAACUUUUGUGUUCUUGUAAAGUAAGCAGCAGAAAACAUGUUGUACACAGGAUGCUUUCAUUUCACAGA